AUGGAUAGACUUCGAUCUUGCUUUGAUGAUUCUACUAUUAAUGAUAUCUUAAAUGUUCCUUUUUCUGGACUUGAGGGUAAAGAUGAGCAAAUUUGGGGGAGGGAGAGUUUGGGGCUUUUCUCUGUUAAAUCUGCUUAUCACUUAGCUCUUGAAUCUCGCGAUAUCCCUUCUACAUCCUCCUCAUUUGAAUUGAAAUCUUUCUGGGCUAGAAUUUGGCAUGCUUACAUUCCUCCUAAAGUUAAACAUUUUGUGUGGAGAAUUGUUUCUAAUUCAGUGCCGGUUGCUGUUUUACUCUCUCAACGCCACAUUAUUUCUUCUCCUUUAUGUCCUCUGUGUAAAAAUUCCCCAGAAACUGUUAUGCAUGCUUUGCUAGAGUGCUCUAGGGCUCGGAAAGCUUGGAAGGCUUCUGAUUUUGCUCAUUUUUAUUUACAAAACAACCACUUGGAUAUUAUACAAUUUCUCUCUAAUGUGUUCUCAAGUUUAGAUAAAGGUUCUGCAGAUUUAUUGAUGUGUUUUAUGUGGACCAUUUGGAAUCAGAGGAAUAAUGUCUUUUUUAAUAGAUUUGCUCUUCAUCCAAAGGAUAUGUUUGCUUGGUGUCAAAGCUUUCUUUUGCAGUACUUGGAUGCGGGACAGACAAGAUUUAUUCCCUCUUCUCAAGGUGAUCAGAGUCCCUCAGAUAUGGAUCGGUGUCCACCGGGCAGGUAUAAGGUAUUCACAGAUGCAGCUAUUGAUACUGGGAAGCAGGUUUUUAGCCUUAGCGUGGUGGUGAAGAAUGACUCAGAUCAAGUGAUUGUUGGGUUGGUGAAACCAAUUACUGGGAUAAUUACUCCAGUUAUAGCUGAAGCUAAAGUUGUUUCUCUUGCAAUGGCUUGGACUAAAAUGAUUAAUUUACCUGUUCAUGUUCUAUUUUCGGAUUGUAAGGUUGUGGUGGAUAAGAUUAAUAUAUAA